AGGCUCUACGCGUGUAUGAGCACCAAGAGCACAAAAGAGCAAAGGAGAGUACGACUUACAUCAUAAUUCUUAAAUACUUACCGCCCCGUAAUUCAAAAUAUCAACCUGAACGUAUUUUCAAUGAGUACACACCGCAGAUUUUUUUAAUGGUUACAUUUCACCCCAUUUUGUGGAGCACUGUUAUUUUUAACAUUACUGUGCUCACAUUCUGUUAAGACAGCUGUUGCAUUCAUCGUUCGAGCUAUCUCUUUCGCACAGAUGGUUCAUACGUACGAUUGUUAAUGAACUAGUUCAUGUGUAAAACUAUAAACAAACCACAAAACAAUAAAUUCAUUGGAAAUGCUCUUCUAUUCCUUCUUCAAAUCUUUGGUGGGCAAGGAAGUUGUCGUUGAACUUAAAAAUGACCUCAGCAUUUGCGGUACCCUGCAUUCCGUGGACCAGUAUCUUAACAUAAAGCUUACGGACAUAAGCGUCACAGACCCGGACAAGUACCCACACAUGCUGAGCGUAAAGAACUGCUUCAUCCGCGGCUCUGUCGUUCGUUACGUGCAGCUACCUGGUGAAGAGGUCGACACGCAGCUGUUGCAAGAUGCGGCGCGCAAAGAGGCAGUGGUCAGCACAAGAUAGAAACCCGGCAUGUCGGAUUGAGACAAUUACCAGAUGCGCACACCAGCACUUGCGCUGGGUCGAUCUAGUCUGUGUCUCAUGAGUUGUGUACUAAAUUUAAGCGAAACUCCUUGUUAAUGAACUCUGAUUGAAAAUAAGACUACCAAUAUAUCUAUAUCUACAUUCACUCUCUAGCUGGCGACCCUCAGUCGCCAAUAAGUGAAAGCAUCAUAAUUUCUAAAAAUGGAACUAUCAAAUUUUGUGUAUACAAUAAUAUGUACAAUUAUAGAAUGUUGCUCAAUUGAAUGAUUAUCACCAGUACCUACGCAUA